AUGUUUACAAAUCAACAAUGGUUAGAUACUCCGGCCGAUGGGCAGGCCUACAUUAUAGGUAUCGGUAUAAAGUAUUAUCAGAGGUGUCGUAAUAUUCAAAAAGUUAUGUUACAAACAGGCAAUACAAACCAAUGGGAUUUAUCUAUAUUACUUGUUAUUCUUCGUGAAAUGAAGCUUACACAGUCAUUUAACAAAGUCGACAACCAAAGGAUUAAAAAAGAGAACAGUGAUUUAUCAGUAAUAACGACUAUUCGAAACAACAAUGCUCAUCACGCAUCAAAAUGUAUUUCCGACACUGAAUUUGAAGCUAUUUGGACUCAGUUAUCGUCAAUAUUAGUUUCGUUCGGAGAUGAUGUAGAUGACAUCGCUGAAUUAAAACUAAAUACAAAUGACGCCAAACAGGAAGAACCUAUUGAUACCGUGAAUACGACUGAAGCAAAACGUUUGAAAGAUCUCGGUAAUGAAGCAUAUAAACAAAAGAACUUUGAUGAAGCACUAAGAUUGUUCUCACAAGCACUCGUUCUUGCUGGCGUGAGCGAUUGUGAUCGAUCUAUUCUUUAUUCAAAUAGAGCUGCCGUAUAUCUAGAGAAAUGUGAAACUUUACCAAUUACUUCGUCGACGGACUCUCGAUAUCUCGCCUUACAAGAUGCUGAACAUGCGCGUGAUCUUCGACCAAUGUGGCCAAAAGCUCAUUGUCGUAUUGGGCAAGCACAUGUCGCAUUAGGCGAAUAUGAAAAAGCUGUGCAUUCAUAUGACAAAGCUCUUGCGCUCGAUCCAACUAACAUUGACAUGAAAAAUGCACGCGAUUCUGCUCUUGAAAGAAAACAUUACUUUGAGCGGCAAGAACAUCUAAAUCCACAGAAUAUGCCGAGGACGACUCGCGAGCAACUUGCCGAAUUGUCAAAACUAUCCGGAUUUAGUAUUGAACAGCAGGAAAAAUUGAUUGAUUCAAUUAGAAAAAAUGAUCCAGGUAAAGAUGCUGUGCUUACUGCACAGCAAUAUCGAGAUGGUGAUGAUGAUGUCAAACAAAAUUAUGAACUAGCUGCCAGAUUUUAUUCAAAGGCUGUCGCUCUUGGCAAUGCUGAAGGCAUGUACAAUCUUGCUUUACUCCACCAACAGGGAUUAGGAGUUAAAAAAGAUAUGCGAACAACUAUUCAAUUGUUCGAAAAAGCAGCUGCUCAGAGUCAUACAAUAUCAGACAAAUCACCCAUUCCGAAUGUCGGUGUAGCAGAAGCUGAACAUUCUCUGGGAUUAUGUUAUGAAACAGGUGUCGGUGUCGAAAUAAAUUACAAAAAAGCAGCUGAGUGGUAUCAACGUGCAUCAGAUCAUGGUAGUGCACCUGCUGCCAAUAAUUUAGGACUCAUGUAUGGUGCUGGCAAAGGUGUCAAUAAAGAUCUGAUUAAAUCAGAGCAGUUACUUCACUUAUCUGCUACACGUGGCGCUCGAAAUGCUCCAAUGAAUUUAGCUCUAGUGCUCUUCGAAAAACAAGACUAUCAAGCGGCAGAAGAAUGGUGUAAACGUGCUAGUGAAAACAACAAUAUGCUGGACAAAAACCGUCUGAAAAUGAUUCAAGAUGCAGCCGAACAAGAGCGUAAGAUGUUUACGAAGGCAGAUGUUGAAACAUGGGAAAAAGCGAAUGGUUUAAAUAUUAAUAAUUUGACUUAUAAUGAACGUAUUCAACGUAAAAGAUGCGCCGAAAAUCCAUCGUCUGCCAGAGCGUUUAGCGUCGCAAAGGAUUUCACUAAAGUAUUUCAGUCACUAAAAACUGCAUCACAACCAUAUGGUGUUAAACCGAGUAUGUAUGAUCAUACAAUACUUGAAGAAUAUUCACAGAAAGGAUAUGUUUUCGCUAAACGACUACUAGAAGCGCAAACUUAUUUCCUCAGAUCGGUACAAAUUUUAUUGGAUGAGUUUAUUAACGUCAAUGAUAGGGACAUUCAAUUUAUAACAGAACUUUCCGCAGCUAUUAAAAUAGAACAUAUUGUUAUUCAACUGCCAGAAUAUCUGCAUAAUGAAGCAAAGCUUAUUGUUGUUCGUGUUCUGGCUCAAUGCGAUUCGAAAAAAUCACAAAUAGAUGAAGAUGCUCGCGUGUGUUUUGGAUAUUUGCAUAUGAAUUCAUUACAAUCUACUAUCGAAUUUUUGACAGUUUGUAUUCGAAUGUAUUCGAAGUCAGACUUCUUCUUGGAACUCCGCGGUUGUCUCUAUGGUUUUCUUGGAAAAUACGACGAAGGUUUGGCAGAUUUCAACGCCGCACUUCAACUAGUUCCCGAUGCUGUAGAGUUAUUGUAUGAUCGUGCUGCUUAUUUGAGACUCAUUAAACAUAUUGAUUUGAAUGGGGCGAUAGAGGCAUACGAUACAUUUCUGAAAAGCGCACCAUUCGAUCAUCGCAAGGUACCUGAAGCAUACUAUGCAGUUGCGUCUUGUUAUUUUGUGAAUACUACAAUACCUAAUCACGUUGAAAUUGCAGAAAAAUAUUACGAAAAAGCCAUUGAAGCCGAAAAACAUCAGCUACCCUGCUUCAUACCCUACCAAUCGAACAACAAAUCAUUGGUAUCAAUGUUGUUUUCACAUAAACCUAUAAAGUCUAAAGGAGCACCAACUAAAUUAGAAAUCGACACGGGAAAACCCAAAUCACGUCUUACUGAUUCUCGACGCCUUGAUAUGAUUCAGUUUCAUCGAAAUUCUAUUGCUGAAAAACGUAGGCUUCCACCAAACAUGAAUCUCGUAACCUCAACAACUAAAGCUCGUCUACAUCAAAAUUCACCUAUGUCAUUGAUUGGAUUGAAAGGCAUUACUCUGCGCGAUAUGAAUCCAAUGAAAGACCAUAUUUAUCAAGGAUGUGUAUUAUCGGGAGUGAUUUUCGAACAAUCGCCAGUGGUUGAACCAUCUAUAUGGUUACUAUUUGAAGAUGACAAUGGUGAUCUAGAACGACUCUUUUUGUACAAUAUUCCAGCGUCUGAAGGUUGGCAAUUAAUAAAAGACACGUAUAUUUACGGCACAAAAAUAAGUAUUUUAAAUCCAUAUAUGCGCAUGGCAGCUGACGAGAAGCCGGCUAUUCGUGUGGAUGAUGCUUCGUCAAUUAUUUUACACGGAGAUACUCACAAUGUGAAAGAUAUGUGUCGAUAUUGUACUGAAGCAAAUGCAGCACGUGUUUGUGGAAAAUGCAAAUCAGCUCACUAUUGUUCAAAAGAAUGUCAAACAAUUGAUUGGAAGCAAUGUGGUCAUAAAUUAGUUUGUGACUGA